AUGGGGUUCAAAACUGUUUUUGUUGCUGCUCUUCUAUCAGCUAGCACAAUAACAGAAGCAGCACCCGUUGAGGUCCCAAGAAUCAGCUCCAUAGCUUUGACUAUAGCUCCAUACCCGACUCUCAACAUCACUAUACCUGCUCUUCCAACUGGCACGGGCUUAUUCCCAUUCCCACCUGGCAGUGUCUCUCAUACCAGACCAUCCUUCACAAGACCGACACACACCAAGCCAACACACACCAAACCUGUACAUACAGGAAAGCUAACAUGGGGUAACCACGAACACGGAGACUCAGAGCAUGAUAAACGCGAACCUCAAGGCUUUCCAACCGGUUUGCCUACUGGGCUACCAACCGGUUUACCUACUGGAAUACCAAGUGGAUUUCCUACUGGAAUUCCAACCGGACCAAAGCCUCCAAUCGUAACGGGUCCAAAACCUCCAACCAGUCGCCCAACUCCUCCAAGCCCUCCAACGGGGCGUCCAACCGUGUUACCUCCUCUCCCCAGUGGAGGCUUCCCACCUAUCCCAACUAGACUCCCCACAGGACCAAAACCUCCAAUCGUAACAGGACCAAGACCACCAACUGGCCGCCCAACCCCGCCAAGUCCUCCAACCGGUCGCCCAACAGCGUUUCCACCUCUUCCCAGCGGAGGGUUCCCACCUAUUCCAACUGGACGUCCUACCUUCACUGGCAAGCCACCUACUUUCAGCCCUAGACCUCCGUUCUCUAGGCCACAUGGGAGCUGGAAGGGAGAACCGAAACCUUUCCGUCCUGAGCAAGAUUAG